CUUCCUUUAAAUACACCCACACUCUCCGCACCUCUCUCUGAUCCCCCAUAUUUUUAACUCCGAAACCCAAAAAAAAAAAAAAAAAAAAAUACAAAACCCAAUUCAAUAUUUUUCCCACAUUGUCCCUACCCCAAUCUAAUGGGCAAGAAAAUGAAGCUCCCACAUUUCCUCUCAACCAAACACCACCCUUGGCGCCAAUGGCCGUCAUACUCAUGCAACCACAACCCCAAGACCCUCUCCUACCGCUUCGACUCCGACGACGUUUUCCGCACCGUCAACUCCGUCUUCUUCGACCCGAACGACGCCGUCGACACCCCCGAAUCCUGGUUCACCAACUCCUCCGAGUCCGCCAGCUUCUCCGGCGCCACCACCGAGUCCGACGACUUCCCCGACGGCGAGUCGCUCGAGACGCUCGUCGCCGGCGCCCGCUCGGAGCGCAGGCUCUUCUUCGAGCCCGGCGGAGACACCAGCUCCAUAUUGGCCGAGAAGUCUUCCUCCGGCAACUUCUCCGGUGUACUCGCAGGCGCCGGCGAGAUUUCCCAGCCGUUGAGAGAGAGCGUUGUUUUGGCGAUGGAGUCAGACGAUCCGUACAGGGAUUUUCGGCGGUCGAUGGAGGAGAUGGUGGAGAUCAAUGGGGUGAAGGAGUGGGAGGGUUUGGAGGAGAUGUUGGGGUGGUAUUUGAGAGUGAAUGGGAAGGAAAAUCAUGGUUUUAUUGUCGGAGCUUUUAUGGAUCUUCUUGUUGAGCUUGCGAAUAAUUCUGGCCGUACUGAUGAUUGUAAUGAUGUUCAUUCGGCAGCGACAACGACGACGACGACGAUAACGACGGCGACGGAUUCUUUCUCAUCCGCCGUCUCGUGCUUUCCCGAUCAUGAGCCGUUGAUCACGUGUUCUUGUUCAAGACGACAUGAGGAAGAAAGGAAUUUAACAGGGUAAUUAAUAAUAAAAAUAAUAGUAAUAAUUAUGAUCAUCAUGAUUUGUAAUAUGAGAUCUUUUUGUGUAUAUUUGUAGGAUUAGUCCAUAGAACAAAAUUUUAGAACGUACUUUGUUAAAUGUUAAUGAUCUCUCUUCCCAUUUUAGUGGAGUAAGGCUAAUUUCAAUUUUCAUCCCGACCAAAUUAUAAUUUAACUAUGACAUGAUCCGAUGAUCGUCAUAAAAGUUCACUUUUCUAUAGUGGGUACUUAAUUCAGCUAUUUUGAUAGGGAUGUUUUCUAUUGAUACUGUACAUUUUUAA